UUUGUAAGCACCUUAUCAGGUUUCACCACAUUCCUGAAUUCUGUAAUGCCUCUUCUGAGACCUGUCUGAUUGCUGAGACAGGUGAACACUGUACACUCACCUUAAACAGUAUGUGAAAGCUGGCAGUCCUUCUCUUUCAUACCUCCCGUCCUGUCAUGUUAGAACUGUCUUGAUACAUAAGCAAAAUCUAAUUUCUGAGGAACGAGGAAAUGGUAAGCAGCUUGAUUAAUUGUACUGAACUAUUUAAAUGUUUAGGUUCAUUUUUAUCAGUCUGUCUAUCCAUCCAUCUAUCUAUUGAUUUCCAUUUAAUCUAUUCCUCUGCAUACAGAAAAUAUUUUUACUUACAAUUUUCUUCUGCAUGGAAAACUUCUCACUCAACCCUCUGUCCUUUUGCCACCAUUUUAGAACAGAUAUGGAAGUUUUCAAAUAUGAUUUACCAUGAAAAAAAGUUAUUUAUUCCACCCUAAAGGUGAGAUCUUUAAAAUGCAUUUAUGUUAAUUGUUUUAGAAAUGUUUUUUUGCUGGAAAAAGACCACAAUGAACUGGAAGAGUAUUCAAGAGCUUUGGUUCUACACUGCAGGAUCAGGAUGGUUGGAGGAAGAAGCCAAAACAGGCCUUUUACACCAAAAAAGGUAUCUUUUUAUUUUAUUAUAUUCGGGUUUAACUUAAAAGUCCACCAGCUCUCAGUUUUUAUAGUAUAAAAUGAAAGCAAUUAUGUUGAAUAAUUUGAAGUUCACAAUUGGUGCUAAUUGUCGUGAAAUAAAAGUAGCUUGGUGCUCAGAAUCAGACAAUCUGUUUGAAUCCUUCAACUGUUUUUCUACUGGCACUUGAAUUCAAGCAGAGGACUGGACAUCCUCUUGUAAACUGCCUCUUGUAAGGCAUCUUAGUAUGAGAACAGGGAAGCUGGAAUAUAGACAAAGGGGCUUUUGGAAUAUAGACAAAAGGGCUUAAAUAGGUAACUAAAGGUGUUUCAAGAGUCAGGGUUGGUGAUGGAAGGGAAGACGACAAGGCACAAAAUGAAUGGUCAGGUUGGACAGUAAGAAAACCAAGGUCAGAUAGUGUAAUAGUACAAUGCUUACUAAGACAGUAGAGCAAAUCAAUGGCUCAGGGAAUGUCAGUUGUCAAGACACAAUUACAAGUGCUCCAAAAUUGAAGAAUUCUACACAUUGUAUUUAAAAAGCUGCUGAGAGAAUGACUUGUGGUAAAGUUAAACCCCUUAGUGACCGCAGACGUACUCGGCACGCCCGACAAAAAUGGGUCCUUAAGGACUGCGGUCGUGCCCAGUAUGUCCACAGCAAUUCCUAAUUACUUACCUGAUCGCCGCUGUUCCCCCACCGGCGAUCAGCGUUCCUCUCGUUGGGGUGGGGGGGGGGAUGUCUGAUGUCCGUAAUAGGUGUCCAUAGUACUGCCUGUUGGUGAAAAAAAGGUAAAAAAAAAAAGGUUUCAUAUAAAAAAUAAUGUUAAUAAAAUAAAUAAAUAUAUAUAUAUAUAUAAAUAAAAAAUAGAUAUAUAUAUGUAAUUUUAUUCUAACUGUAUUUUGAUAUUAAUAUAUAUAUAUAUGUAUAUAUAUAUAUUUAUAACAAAAUACACUAAGAAUGAAUUAUAUAUAUUCAACAAUGUAUAUAUAAAUAUAUAAAAAUAAUAAAAAAAUAUAAAUAUAUACAUGAUACACAUGAUUACAUAAAUAACUUAAAAAAUAUACACAUAGACUUCAAAUAUAUAAAUAUGUAUAUAUAUAUUUAAAUUAUAUGUGCAUAUUUAUGUAAUAUUUUUACAUAAUUAAGUAAUUUUAUUCAUUGCAAUUUGAGGGACCUGCCUGACAACCCAGGCCGAAAGUCCAGAGAAAUUAAUUUGCUAGCACUGAAUUUUACCCUGUAACUUUCCAUGACACGCUAAAACCUGUACAUGGGGGAUACUAUUUUACUCAUGAGACUUUGCUGAACACAAAUAUUACUGUUUCAAAACAGUAAAACAUAUCACAGCGAUGAUAUUGUCAGUGGAAGUCACAUGUUUUGCAUUUUCCACACACACACGGCAUGUUCACUGAUGAUAUUGUUGUGAUACGUUUUACUGUUUUGAAACACUCAUAUUUGUGGUCAGCAAAGUCUCCUAAGUAUAACAGUACCCCUAGGUGCAGGUUUUAUAUUGUUUUUGAAAGUUAUAGGAUCAAAUAUAAGGCUUGAUUUUCCAUUUUUUUCACAUUGAAUUCUGCCAGAUUGGUUCUGUUGCCUUUGAGAGUGUAUCGUAGCCCAGGAAUGAGAAUUACUCCCAUGAUGACAUAUCCUUUACAAAAGAAGACAACCCAAGUUAUUGCAAAUGUGCUAUGUUCAAUCUUUUUUAGUAGCCAAUUAGUCACAAACACUGGCCAAAGUUAGCGUUCAUAAUUGUUUUUUGCAUUUUUAACACACAAACAAAUAUAAAUGCUAACUUUGGCCAGUGUUUGUGACUAAGUGGCUACUAAAAAGACUGGACAUACCGCAUAUUGAAUCCCCUGGUUGUCUACUUUAAAAAAAUAUGUACAUGUGAGGUGUGAUUCAGAGAUUUAUGACAGAUAACAGUGAUACAAUGUCACUAUUGAUACAUUUUAAAAAUAGAUAUUUUGAAACAGCAGUAGAAUGUGACGGCAGAUAAGAACCAUUCGGCCCUGGCCUUAUUUUAUUGUUAGGAUAGCCUUAUGCUUAUCCCACACAUGCUUAAACUGCUUAAACUCCUUUACUGUGUUAACCUCUAUCACUUCAGCUGGAAGGCUAUUCCACUACCCUCUCAGUAAAGUAAUACUUCCUGAUAUUAUUUUUAAACCUUUGCACCUCUAAUUUAAGACCAUGCCCUCUUGUUGUAGUAGUUUUUAUUCUUUUAAAUAUAGUCUCCUCCUUUACUGUGUUGAUUCCCUUUAUGUAUUUAAAUGUUUCUAUCAUACCCCCCCUGCCUCCAAGCAAUACAUGUUAAGAUCCUUUAACCUUUCCUUCAAUCCAUGAACCAGUUUAGUAGCCCUUCUCUGAUAUUUUUCUAAAGUAUCAAUAUCCUUCUGGAGGUACGGUCUCCAGUACUGCGUACAAUACUCCAAGUGAGGUCUCACCAGUGUUCUGUACAAUGGCAUGAGCACUUCCCUCUUUCUACUGCUAAUACUUCUCCCUAUACAACCAAGCAUUCUUCUAGCAUUUCCUGCUGCUCUAUUACAUUGUCUGCCUACCUUUACGUAAUCUGAAAUAAUUACCCCUAAGUCCCUUUCCUCAGAUGUUGAGGUUAGGACUCUAUCAAAUAUUCUAUACUCUGCCCAUGGGUUUUUACAUCCAAGAUUCAUUAUCUUGCACUUAUCCACAUUAAAUGUCAGCUGCCACAGCUCUGACCAUUUUUCUAGUUAACCAAAAUAAUUUGCGAUUUGGCUUUUUCCUCCUGGAACAUCAACCCUGUUACAUAUCUUAGUAUCAUCAGCAAAAAGAUAUACCUUACCGUCAAGACAUUCUGCAUCAUCACUAAUAAACAUAUGAAAGAGAAUGGGUCCAAGUACAGAUCCCUGAGGUACCCCCUGGUAACUAGACCAUGCUUCGAAUAUACUCUGUUGACAACAACCCUCUGUUGCCUCUCACUCAGCCACUGCCUUACCCAUUCAACAAUAUUGGAAUCCAAACUUAAAGAUUAAAGUUUAUUGAUAGUUGUUAUUAUCUGUAACCUAAAAUGUCACCAUAUACUGUGUCUAUUUUCACAUCUAUGCUGGAAUGUGUUAUUUAGCUCAUUACCUGGUCAAUCUCCCAUUACAUUUUAAACUAUAAUUUACUCCAUGAAAAUGUUAAUUCUUAAAUGUGUUGUAGAUAGAGGCACAAUACCUGUCAAACUGCUUUUACACAGCUAUUCCUUUUUUUGGAAAUAUUUUUUUCUGACUGUUUUUAAUUUUAGUAAAAAUAUACUAAUGUUUUGAAUGCCAAAUGAGAGAAAAUUAUAAAUUUAAGUCCAGGGCUGCCCAGUAUAUUCAAUGUUUUAGAUGAUUCUCUUGGGAGUGAUAGUUUCCUAAAUCAUCAUUGCAAUGUUUAAGGGACACACUAAGCACUAUAAACCAUUUCAUCUCAUUGAAUUGAUGAUAGUUCCUGGAAGCCUCGAGGUCUGACCCUGCCAGUGUUAAGGCAUUUAUGAGCAGGUUUACACUAAAUAAGGGUCGCUGGCCACCCACAGCCCCACCCCUACUGAAGGCAUGUCUACAGCAGAGAUUACAUACUUCGUUCUAGCCAUACGAAUUCAUACCAGCAAUGUGGGCUGGCCAAAGCAGUCAACUGAUGCUCUCAGCCAUUUAUAGCCAUUUGCCUAUGCCUUAACCUAAGCAGCACAGAGAGGAUGGGCUUUUGAGGAUUCUAGUUUAGCAUUACAAUAUUCAAAAUUUAAUGUUGAAUAGAAGGAAAGCUCCAGGUGACUGCAGACACUAUAACCACUUCAACCAGAUGAAGCGGUUACAGUGCCUACAGUGUCCUUUUAAACCAUUAUAUAUUAGUUGGAUAUUAAAAAUGCAUUUAUUUAUCUUCUGCCUAGUUCCAGUCUUUCUAUAUCGCAUAAAGUGAAAUACCGUCUGAUGCCAAUUUUUGUUUUUGUGUUUUUUAGGACGCAAGAAUUCCCACUGCUCCUUGCUGCUAAGGAUAACAAUGUUGAACUUCUGAGAGAGCUUUUAGCAUCAGACAAAUGUGAUUUGUUCCAGAGAGGUGAGUAAAGCAACCCUUAAAAAAACAAAACAAAGUGGCAACAUAGAAUUUAAAUAAAAUAUAUUGAGAUAUACAGUUAAUGAUUAAGAAUCAGUAUAGACAGAAAGUGGCACGGACAGUUAUUUACUAAAGUGCAAAUUCAAAGUGAGUUUUAAAUUUAAGGUCAGAGUAGCUGUACUGAACGCAUAGCUGACUUAGAUAAUUUUUCCAGUUUGGCUAAUUUGACAUUAUAGUCACCAGAGCAACUACAGCUUAAUGUAGUUGUUGUGGUGAGCAUAGUCAGUCCCUGCAGGCUUUUUCAGUAAACACUGUCUUUUCAAAGAAAAGAUAGUGUUUACAUUACAGACUAGGGACAACUCCAGUGGCCACUCCUCAGAUGGCUAGUAGAGGUGCUCCCUGGGGCAGUGCUGCACAGUGUACAGUACUGACAUUCAGUGUAUCCACCCUCUGCAUGGAGACACUGAACUCUCCUCAUAGAAAUGUAUUGCUUUAGGGCUAGAUAGUGGUUUUUAACACUAACAGAUCAGGAAUGUAUGUUUGUGUUCUUGACUCUAUAGUGUUCCUAAAAAAUUCAAUACUCACUUUGAACUCUCUUUAAAGUUUCAUUUUGGUGAAUAACUUGAGAGAAGGCAGUAAAUACCAGGAAGAGCCAUCUCGUAUAAUCAGUACAUGUAAAUGCCUUCCAGUGGAAGUAAUACAGGCUAAUACAGUAAUUAAAUUGGUGAUUGUCUGAUUCAGGCUGCUCUAAACUAAGAGUAACUAUCAUAACUAAGCAUGCAUGUAAACUGUAUGUGUACAUAAUGGCUAAGUGUGACCACGACAUGUGUAUAGCUAUCAUGAUUUUUGACCGGCUUCUUUUUAUUACAUCAUCAGGAGCAUUAGGAGAGACAGCAUUACACAUGGCGGCUCUCUAUGAUAAUCAGGAAAUUGCUGAAAUUCUCUUAACCGAAGCUCCUUACCUGGUCAACCUUCCCAUGACAUCGGAAAUGUACCGAGGUGGAACAUGAUGACUCUUCUUUAUAUCACAUCACUAUCAUCUGUGUUCUUAUGUAGUAAUGAAUUGUAUUUUUGUUGCUUCAUACUUGUCUGAUGUAUUCACUUACACUAGUAUUCAUUUAUUCCACUAGCAGACUGACUUCCAAUAUCAGCACAAAUGGGGGAAAAGAGUAAUACAAUAAACCAUGCAAUGGGUUUUCAAGUUUUUCAUGCAGGAUAACACUUAUCUGAGGCUUUUAGAUUUCCCAUUUUUUCUGGGACUGAGCAAGUUAGGAAAAAAAUAUACUUCUGAAACCACCAUUUGUUUUCCUUCCCCUGUAAUUACAGCAAUUAUGAGAUUUUUAAAUAGGUAUUUCUCACCAAGCAUCACUGUGGAUGAUGGAUUUUAUUUUAUUUUCCCCUUAAUCUCAUGAACAAAAAUUAGGCAGACCAUUAUCUCUGAAAUUUAGGAGAAAUUCUGUGUUCGAUAAACAUCCCAGAUUAAUAUGGUAAACAAUUUUAAAUGUAGAGUAACAUGCAUUCUUCUGUAACUAAUAGUGUGUCUCUUUCCUUAACUGUGUAGAUCAUACACUGUACCCUUUUAAAAUCGGGUUUCAAAAGUAUUUCAAUAUAAGCUCUACCCCAAAAACUUUCUUAUAUUUGAAGAAUAUUAGUAAACUUAUUUAAUAUUCUUUAGUAAGCUUUUCAAUUGAUUUAAUAUUUUGGAUAAAUGUUUAAAAUUCUGUUUUCAGAAUAUAAGAUAUAAAAAUGUAUAUAACAUAAAAAAAAAACUAUAUAAAAAAAUCUUUACAAAAAAAUAUUUUAUAAAUAUUAAACCAUGCUAAAAGUGUAUCCAAAAUGUGAAUAAAAAAAAAUGUUUUAUCCAAAAAUAUUUAAUAUUUUUAAAAGCUUAUACAAAAAAAAAGAAGGCCAUAACUAUUAAAAUUAUAUUUAUGAUAAUAUUAUCAGUGAAAACGAUAUUUUUAGUAUAUUUAAAUAAUAUUAUAACUAUUGUGCCUUUUCUUUCAGGACAAACAGCCCUACACAUUGCGGCUGUUAAUCAGAACAUGAACCUGGUCCGUAUGCUGAUACAGAGAGGGGCUGACGUAUCCUCACCUAGAGCCACUGGGAGUUUUUUUACUCAGAAUCCCCUACACCUCUUUUAUUUUGGUAAGACAAGAUCAUUAAAAUGCAAGAAAGAAAUAGAAAUUCACUGCAGUAGGAAAUGUAGUCUACAUGAAGCUACUUUUUGAUCUACCCACCACUGAGUCACCUAUUAUUUUUAUCAUAAUAUAUCAAUCGGCACGUUACCAAUUUAAAACAUGAAGAACCCUGUGCUGAAAUUAAAUAUAAAUCACAUUUUUGAAAUAAAUAUAUAAUCUUUACCUCUGCAAAAAGACAAGUGUAUGUGGCAUCAAACCAUCUACUCUAAGUCAGUAUCUAUCAAAUCCCAUGGAUGUUUUACAAAUUCUACAAUAAAUUCAUGUUAUUUAGUCAAUAAUAUUGUAUUAAAUGAGAACAUGCACUUAACACCGGAUAUAUCUUUAUAACCAAUGAUAACCACAUAUAUAUAUUAUAGAGAUCAACUAAUGAUUGACAGCAAUUAUUUUCUAAGAAUAUUCUUGAUCAACGGGCACAGUCCUAAAAGUACUUUGCAGAAUCCAGGUGGGGAACAAACUAUAUUACUGGGAUUAAAAGGACAUUGCUUAUUUAGAUCCAAUGUUUGUAUCCUGAAUUUUCCUUACUGUUUAAAAGAUAUAGUCUACCAACUUGUCUAUCUGGCGUGUCUUAAUAUAUUUAUUGAAGUACCUGUGUUCAUGUAGGUCCAAUUAAAGACUGUUUGUAAGACAAAUACAAAGCAUGUGUUAACUUAAAACAAUAUAAAAACAAAAGUGUAAAACACAAUGCAAAAACAUGCACUAUAGCUUUAAAACCACUCCUCUUAUGUUGUUAUUUUAAGUAAUAAAUACAGCCACUUACCUUAAGCCCUUAAGGACACAGCUUUAGAAGUAAAAGGCCAGCAUGAUGAAACAUUUCCAUCAUGUAUCCUUAAGGGGUUAAUAUUUUUCUAUAUACAUUAUUUCCAAAGACUCAAAUUUGUUCCAAUGUCAUAUACAAGAGUGUGAAUGUUAAAAUAUAAAAUAAAAAAAAAGAGGAUAUGUAGCAUAAAACCUUUUUUAUUACAAACACACAAACAAUAUAUAAUAUAAACAAAUAGUGUGUAGGCGCUUCACAAUUUAAGUCAAAGAAUUUUAUCGUAGCUAGAAUUGUUGGUAGGUAGUGUAACUGAUAUAGUGGUGCGUCCCAAUAACACCAAAUAAAGAAACCAAAUAAUAUACACAGUAUAUUAGGUUUUAUUUUAGUUGUAUUUAGACUCUUGGUGACUAACUAUAGUGGUAAGUGGAACUCCAGCCUUUUUUUAUCAUAUUGUAUUUGCAUGCUGGGUUCCACCCCCAUAGUACCUUGAGUUGUUUUAUAUUAUAUUUUCAAUAAAUUCUUUUUAACCUAUUUGAAGUCCUUUUAUCGUCUUCUGCCACCGCAAUUGGAACCUUUAGCCUGUAUUGGCACCCCUGAGCCUACUAUACAGAGACUGGUAUGGCUCUGGAAAACGUGAGUGGUAGUCCUACGUCUAUUUCCAGCUUUAUAUUAUUAUACAGUUCACACUAUGUUGUGCUUUAUUUUUAUAUUUUAGGUACCAUUCCAUUGUAUUUCGGCAUAUGGUGGUAUUAUCCAAUUCUAUAUUUAUUUUUUAUUUGCACUGGGUUCUGUGUAUAUACUGAUUACUGUGUAUAUUAUUUGGUUACACAAACAAUAUAUGUUGGUUUGAUCAAUCAGUUUUAAACCCACUUUGAGCACUUCAGUACCAAGUUCUGCAUCUACAGUAGUCUCCGAUAGUUGAUGAGUUGUUAUUUUGUGUUAAACUGUUAAUAAUAUCCGUCUUGAUUAAAUAUUAUAGCCAUUAUGCAAAAAUCCAAACACUAAACUUACUUUUAGAAGUUUCUAUUGAACUUGCAACAUUAAGCAGAUAAUUCAUUUAGGCCCACAGCUUAGCAGCGAUAGCUGUUGCGGGCUGCAGAUUCCCAUCCUCUAAGUGCUUCAGUGUGUAAAUUGAGGAUUGUCCCUCACCAACUUUUUGAACUAGUAGAUAUCUGAAGUUCCACUGGGACAACUGAUAGGCAAGAGCCAUUUUGACCCUAGUAUCCUUGAGUGCCUUGCAAAGCCACCUCAAGUGCCAUAAUAAUAUACUGUUUUAAAUGUCCAGAUCCCAAAACUGGCUAUCCAUUAAGAGAAUUAGUACGUAUUAUUUCUCUAAGUGAAAGGCCAUCGCUCGGCUCAGAGCAUCAGUUAAUGCUCUCAGCCUACCACAGGCUACAUGGGUAAACCUCUAAAAAAUGUGGAAGCAGAGAGGGAAGGAAUCCAUAGGGAAGUGGUAUUGGAUGCUGGAGUCCUAACUUUAGGUUGCAAAACAAUGUAACAACUGAAGGUAAGACUGUGUCCGUAUGCAUCAGCUCAUAUAACUUAAAUGUGUUUGGGGUGGAAGUGCUGUUUUAAGUAAAUAAAAAAUUAUAUUAAAAAAAAUGAUAUAAAAAUUAAAAAUAGCAUAUGGAAAGUAUACCUUAAUGAAAUGUGCUGCACAUGCAUAUACAGGGGACAAAUAAUAUGAAGGGGUUAAUGGUAAAUUGAAUAUGAGGGCCUAUAUGAUGGAUGGUACUUGUACGUAUAGUUAAUAUGGGGGUCUCCUGGUUUGAUAAGUUAUAUAUAAGGCAAAUAUUUCAUGGAGGUAUAUUGCUGAAAUUAGCUUUAAAAAUAGAUGUCAUUGGUUUGUGUUUGUGCAAUAUUACUUGUGUAAUCAAAGUACUAUCCAAAUUAUCUCUUCCUUAAGGUGUUUUCUACACCAUUAUUGUCUAGUGCUUUAAAAUAUAUUUUCAUAAAAAAAUGUGUUUUAAAAAUCAACAUUUUCUUCCCUCAGGGGAGCACAUUUUAACAUUUGCUGCUUGUGUGGGGAAUUUUGACCUGGUGAAGUUGCUGGUAGCCAAUGGAGCCAACUUGCGUGCUCAGGACUGUGUAGGUACGAACGAUAGGAAAUUCUGCUCUUUGGUUCUAUGAAUUAAACUCCAUUUAAUAAAUUGCACAUUUGUUAAUGAGUUUCUCCUUACAGGAAAUACUGUGCUUCACAUUUUGGUCCUGCAGCCCAAUAAAGUCAUCUCCUACCAAAUGUUUGAUCUCCUCAUGUUGCUCGAUGGUGAUCAGAGAUACCCUCGACUGAAUCAGAUUGAGAAUAGCCAAGGUCUCACGCCCUUAAAGCUGGCAGCAUCUGAAGGGAAUGUAAUGGUGAGAUGGAAGUUCCAAUUAGUGAGAUCUCUGCUGUCCCUAAGCCUAAAACUUGAUUAUAUAACUGUGAAAACAUAUAGAAUGGGAAUUUUAAAGAACAGAUAGUAUGUAUGGAGACAAGCUGUGUCAGCCAUUUAUUACAGGUAACAGGUAACAAAGACCCAUGGAGGCAAGAUUCACAUAUAAGGCUCCAGCAUAUAUUUUACAUAGGCUUUCCCAUUCAUGAAGAUGAGUAUAAGUAUGAAAAUAUGAAUGAAGCUUUAUGAUAAAUUAAUAAAAACAGCUCCAAAAAUUAGUUUGAUCAUAUUCAUGUGUGAAGCUGCUUAUUGCUAACUCAUGUUAUUUCAUGUUAUCUCAUCUGUCAUGUGCUGUUUAGCCUCCAAAAGAAAAGCUGACAGCUGAACUUCAUACACAUAACAUUUGCCCUGAUUGUGUCAUUCUUCCAAUGAAAGCAAGAGAAGGUACAGGAUUGGCUAAUAACUCUCAAUCACUUCCUGAUCUCUGUUGAUUCUGAGAAUUUGUAGCAAAUGAUGGACAUUAUUUUCUGGGUACCUUCUUUUAUAUUUAAAUGUAUUAUUUCCAUAAUGCAUUAUACUUUUAGUUUAUUGAAGCUCACAUCCCUUAAAUCAAUUUAUAUGUUGUAAGGACUGUUGUUUGUUUCAAUAUCUAAAAGUGGCUCAAGUAUGUAUACUAGUGAACUCCAGUAUUGAGGAACAAAAAGCUGAAAAAAUAAAACUGCUCAAUCAACAAUUAUAUUUUUAAAUUGCACUUAGUUUUUUUCUGAAAAACAUAGUAACAUAGGGCUUAAUUAACUAACCAGUGUAAAGGUUGGAACUAAGUUAUGAGAUGGCAUAGUUUGCUAUGUUUACUGCAUAUUGUGACCAGUUGUUCACACAUAUCGAGCACUGUGGAUUUCAGUACCCAUACAUGUCAAUAAUUAUAUCCCUCUUUUUUAUCUCCUCCAGAUGUUUCAGCACCUACUGCAGAAACAUGUUAAAACGGUGAGGUCAAUGGGUCUGACCUCAUACACCUUGUAUGAUUUAACAGAGAUUGAUUCUUGGGGUACACCCUGUUCUGUGCUCCAUCUGCUGGUGUCUUCAAGAAAAGCAGAGGUAAUUAAGAAUAUUCAAUUUUCUUUUCUUAAUUAAGCUCUACAGGAUGUAUUCACUAAACAGAAAUUAACAGAAAAAAAAUAUUGAUAGAGUGGUUGAAGUUAUGAACUUUCAGUUCACUAAUAUUACUUGUUAAAUGAAUACAUCCACACGUUUUCUGCAAUCUCCUUAUGUAUAAACCCUCCCCCCUCAUUUGUUUUUAUUAUACACACCAAUUUAUUUUUCUCCUGGUUAUAUUUUUGUGCUAGGCACGACGUAUCUUAGACCUUUCUCCGGUAAAAGAUCUGGUAAAUGAGAAAUGGCAAAUCUUUGGCCGUCCCUACUUCUGCUUCCUGGCUACCGUGUAUGUGCUGUAUAUGAUAUGUGUAUCUUGGUGUUGCGCCAACAGACCACUCCAACCUGUACAAAAUGUAUCAACAAACCCAAGGGACUUUACCAUGCUAGAACAAGUCGCUCUUCUGGUAGGACAGCAAUAUAGUGUUCUACCCCUUUUGUGUACUUUACAUAUUGCUUAGUGAUAGUACAAUAUAUGAUAUAAUUCUUAUAUAUAUAUAUAUAUAUAUAUAUAUAUAUAUUAGCGUGUAGAACAAAGACUAUACUAAUCACUUGUAAAUAUAUAUAUGGUCCACAAGGGGACUGGAACAUCAACAUGGAUCAUUUAUUUUUUUAUUACUAUGUAACAAUAAAAUAACAUUGUAUAUUCCAAAGAAAAAUCUUGUGAGUACUCUCUUGGUUGCAAAAUGAUAUGAUAACAUAGUUAUGUGUUAUUCUUUCUUUAGGAUUCUUACAACACUCCACUGGAUAAAGUAAGGUUAGUCGGAGAGUUGAUCUCAGUAAUUGGAGCUAUGGCCAUGCUCCUUGUAGAGGUAACUAUAGAUAUGUUUUAAUGGAUGGCUACAUGCGAUUAGACUGGAUAUAUGUUGAAUCCAUGGAUGGUUAGAAUUUUGCACAAGAUGGAUGGACAGAGGUUUGAGGAGAGUAGAUGGGCAAUGAGAAUGACAGAGGGUGGUUAGACGAUGACUGUCAUAGGGGAAAGAUUAGGGAAAAGAUGAGAAUGGCAGUCAGUGAGUAAACACAAUGACUGUGAUGGGAAAUGGCUCAAAUAUAGGCAUGAUAGACUGGUUCAAUAAUGGGCAAAAAGAUUAAAAGAUUGACUAUGAUCACUGGGAGUGGAUGGACAGUGGUGAUGAUCAAGACAGGAUGGACAAUGGGUAUAAUAGAAGUGGAUUUUCCAAUAGGACGAGAGUAAAUGUGUGGUCCGUGUGUAUAAGUAAAUAAUACUCUUAAGGAGAGGUUUUUGAAGAGUGCUUGAACUAUAAGAAAAUAAGAAUAUUCAGUCUUGCAAUAUAUGUAUGCAAUUCACAUGUAAUAAAUAUUAUGUAUAAACUGUCAUUUAAGCAUUCAGGAUUAACCAUUUAAAUCUAAUUUCUUUUACAGAUCCAAGUCUUAAUGAGCGCUCGGAAUAUUUCCUUUUUUUUUACAGAUAUGGUUUCAGCUGGAUAUUUCAAUCUCAUUCUGUGCGUACCAAGUAUCCUGUAUUGUCAUUUUUCUCCCUACACCCUUACUAUUUCCUUCUAAGAUUCUAUUAAUAAUUGAUACACAUUUUAUACAUCAACAGUUUAAAGGAUUACUUUCUGCAAGCAGUCAAAUUUGCUUGGUUUGCAUAAUUAUUCCCUCUCUAUUUUUGUCCAUUAAUGAUUUGACAGCAAUAAGUCCUAAUGGCACAAAGAGAAAUAAGGACAAGUUAUGGAAUACAUUAGUAGAAGAGGUGCAAAUUAUUCAACAUGACUUUCCCUACUAGAUAAGCAUUUUGAAUGAUGACAGGUGCACUUUAUUUAGCUAACUUGGAAUAAUGGACAGUAACAUAGAAUAAAUAUUUAAAAUAACCCAUAUUUUAUAUUUUACGUAUGUUGUUUAAUCAGUGAUAGAAUUGAUAAGUUCUGUUAAAACUCACCCCUGCAAUAUCCAUUUUGCUUAAGCAAAUGGCACUUAAAAAUGGUACUUAAUGGUACUUAAAUCCUUUGACCCAUUGUUUGCUGAUAACAUAUCCAUUUUGGGUUGUAGUGAAGGGAUAAUAUUGCUUCUUAUAUAUAAAUGUAAGUCCUCAAUCCCACAUUCUAUGAACUCUCAUUGAUCAAUACGUUGUGCAAUCCUCAUCAUAUUCUGGUGUCUCCCGUCCUUGCAGCAUGGCUUACUCCUGCAUGGUUCUGCUAACUUUGGUCCUGAGGCUAACACAUUCCAAUGGGGAGCUGAUCCCCAUGUCUAUCGCCCUGGUGCUUGGCUGGUGUUACAUGAUAUAUUUUGCAAGAGGAUUUCAGAUGGUAGGACCAUUUACUGUGAUGCUACACAAAGUGAGUAGUGUUUUUUUUAGAAUAGUUUCAAUAUUAAUCAUCCCUGAUCAUACGAAGUGAGCAUAUAUGUAUAUUUAUUAGACCUGGAGAAUCAGAUUGGUCAGAAUCAAAAUUCCACAGUAGAGUGGUGUAUUAGAGCAUUUAUUCCUAUUUAGAAAGUAACAGGAGCCCUUAUAACCGCUUACAAAUUACUUGAUACGCAUAGUCCACUCAGUGGCCUGCCCUGUGAUUCAAUAGAACUUUAUUAUGAAUAAAGAAAAGCAGAUGUAGCUUUGUCAUAAUCCAGAUUUUUUUUUUCUAGAUAAUGUUUGGAGAUCUUGUGAGAUUUUUCUGGCUAAUGAUGGUAAUCAUUGUAGGAUUUGGUUCUGGUAAGAAUGAAUUAUUGAUUUAUUGAACUACAAAAUGUAUCCAUAAAUAAAUAAGCCAAAAUGUAUUUACCUCAUAUUCAGUUCACCGCUGGCCAAAAGAUAAUACACUUUAGGGAUGUGCAUGGGCAAAAAAUUUGGUUCGGUUUGGCACUUCCGUAAAUUUGGGACUUCAGCAAUUCAGCACUUAGGUUCAGUUCGACAUUUCCUAAAUUCGGGACUUCGUUAAUUGGGGACCUAGGCAAUUCGGCACUUUGGCACUUCGGUUCGGCACUUCCGAAAUUCGGGACGUCAGCAUUUCAGGACUUUGGCACUUUGGGACUUCAGCAAUUCCCUAACCUUUAACCCUACCCCAUCCCUACCCCUAACCCUACACCAUACCCUACCCCUAACCCUACACCUACUCCUAACCCUACCCCUAACCACCACAACCACUUACACAUCUAGGGGUAGGGGUAGGGGUAGAGUUAGAUGUAGGGUUAGGGGUAGGGUUAGGGUCAUGGGUAAGGUUAGGGGUAGGGUUAGGGUUAUAUUCCUGUCAUCAUUCACAUGAUUUUCCCUCCCUCUCGUGUUUUGCCACUUUUCAGAAAUCCAAAGCACUUCGGCACUUCUGAAAUUUGGCACUUCUGUUCAGUUCGGCACUUCCGAAUUUCGGCACUUUGACAAUUUGGCACUUCGGUGGUUUGGUUCUACACUUCUGAAAUUCAGCACUUCGGCAAUUCGGACAUUUGGAAGCAUCCGAAUGUCCAAAUUGCUGAAAUUCGGCUGAAUUUGCAUUCAGAACGAACGGAUUUCACAUGUCUAAUAUACUUUUUUUUGCACCAUGACUAGUUCAUUUUUAAAGCAGAUGACUGUUGGAUGGGAUGCAGAUGUGUCCUGACCAUAUGUACAGAUUUCUUUUGUGCAAAAUAUGGAAACAGAUAUAGGAAAUUUUAUUUUUCUAUUAUCUAUAUUUGAUAGACAUUCAAUUAAGGCAAACUAUUGGGGUUUCUGUGAGCUAUUGCCUGUUUCCAGUGUUCUCGUACUCUCUGUUUUUGUUGCAAUUUGUUUGGUAAGGUUUUCCCUAAGUUAAAAGUGUAAUCCAAGUGUGAACCCCAUGCUCUUUGUACUUAGAGGGGUAUCAGCUAUGCCUGGUCCAAAGAAGUCUGAAAUUAUAUUCGGGUUGCUCUGUAUUGAUUUGUAUGACAGAGCUAUAGGAUUUUGAAAUUUGACAAUAUUGAGAGUUCCAGAGAAACCUUUCGAUAUUUUGAAUUUGUCUCCAACAGUUCAUGAUAAACAUCUCUACUCUAUGUCCAGGAGAACCACUAUUCAGUGAAUAUUUAUAUUUGUGUCUCCUAAGUUUGUUACAGCACUAAAGCGGGAGAAUGGACUAAAUGUAAUUUAAAUGUAGCCUAAAUCCACAUGGGUUCAGUGAACUCCCCUGCUACCCCUCUUGUCUACAACCUUCUAUUUAAUUUUCCUCUUAACUAUCCAUCUCAGUCCACUCUGUUUCUCUAUUCCAUCCUCUCUGCCCCUAUAUCACCUCACUCACAAUCCUCUUCUCAUCCAUCAUAUUACUGCCACUCUUCCCCACAUUUUGUAUCUCUCCCCAAUUCUCCCAUAAAGUCUCCCCCUCUCCCUAGUCCAUUUUUUUUUAUUGACAUGCUCUCGCUACCUCUUUCAGACUUACUUCAUCCAUAAUCUCCCCUUGUUCUUUUUGACCUUUUUCUUCUACUGUAUUCCAAAUAGUAAGUUAACUCUUAAUUAACUCCUACAAAUAUGUAGGAAUAUGUGUGUGUGUGUGUGUGUGGUUUAUGUCCAAUUACCAAUCUAAUAUGUUUUUUUUUAUUAUUUCAUUUCAGCUUUAUGUGUGAUCUUCCAAACAGAGGAUCCCAAAAAGAUGGGGAUAUUUUACAACUAUCAAAUGUCUCUUUACAGCACAUACCAGCUAUUUAUCAACACUAUAAACUCCCCAGCAAACUAUGAUGUGGAUCUGCCAUUCAUGUUUAAUUUCAUUUAUUUUCCCUUCACGCUCAUUGCAAACCUUUUAAUGAUGAAUUUGCUAAUUGCGAUGAUGGGGGAUACAUUCUGGAGAGUUGCCCAAGAGAGGGACGAGUUGUGGAGAGCGCAGGUCAGUUCUAAUUAAUUAAAUGUGUGCUCAUCCAAAUUCAUAAUAGUCAGUCAAAAACACAGGUUGAUUUUUAAUCAUUACAAAUCUAUUCAAGAACAUGUAGAUAAAGGUACCCAACUUUAACAGCAUUUACGUUUGUAAAUUUAAAUAGUAACCUCUCAAUAUUUACCCUUGUGAGACAAACAAAACUGUUAAUAUAAUAAUAUGUUCUAGUUAAUAAAAUCUAAAACAGAAAUUAGACUGGCCUAAAUUAUCUGAUAGUCGAAUGGAAUUUGUCUUCACAGGAGUGAAAUAAGUCCGUAUUAGAACACAUUUUUAUACAUGUGAAAUCUGGCAGACAGGGUAUAUGAUAUAAACUCAAAAUGACACAUUUGGAAGGUUGACCAUUGUUUGCACAAUUCUGAAACUGCAUUAUGUUUCAUGUAAGAGUGCAUUACAACUCUGUUCAUAACGGUGACAUUUUAAAUGCUUCUAUUAGUUUUAGACCCCUCAAAAAAUAUUGACGCUGAACACAGCAAGGUAUUCUUUUCAUGCUGCAAUAGUAACCUUCCAUGCCCUUAUAUAUAUAUAUGUAUUUAUACACAAACACACAGUGGUGGAGCUAAUAUCUACCCUAAUAUCGAUGGUAAGUAAUAGAUGAAAAUCUAUGAUAAAAUAAGAAAUGGAAUAAUGGUGCAGAUUUUUUCUUAAAAUAUAUAGUAAAGUGCACAAGUAAAGAAUAUACACUCACAGGGGAAGUGCCAGAAGAUCACUUGCCUCUAGUGUGGAGCACCUUUUGAUCCUCAGGGAGAUCUGCAACCCUCUUCCAUAUCUAUGAAUAAUGCAGAUGGGAGUCAGAGAGUCUUCAUAUGUAAAAGCAGGAUUCCACAACACGUCAAAGUACUCCAAAUGUAUUAAGUAAAGACAUUUGUAAAAACAAUUACACACAAUGAAAUAAAAGUAAAAUUGGGUGUGUUCCACAGAGAAGAUGUAAGUAACGCAAUUGGUAGAACACAAGUUGCAUUCCACAAACAAAAGGAAAUGACAUACGGAUGCAAAACAAUGGAGUGUAGCGUGUGUCCCAGGAGACGGGAUGUGCGCUCCAAGGGACAUAACGUGACGCUCUGAAGAACCCCCAAAUGCUGGUAUUUUAUGAAUUAUUAAAGGGUUUAUAAGAAUUGUGACAAAAGAAGCUUAUUAUACACCAAUUGAGGAAGCCAGUGUAUGGCAAAAUGCAUUUUUGUUUUUAUUGUAUUGUGUGUCAUUGUUUUUACAAAUGUCUUUACUUAAUAAAUUUGGAGUACUUUGACAUUUUGUGGAAUCCUGUUUUCACCUAUGGAGACUCUCUAACUCCCUCUGCAUUAUUCAAAUAUAUGGAAGAGGGCUGUGGGUCCCACUAAGGAUUCAAAGGUGCUGCACACCAGAGCCAAGUGAUCUUUUGGCACUUCCCUUGUGAGUGUAUAUUCCUUACUUAGACACUUUAUUAUAUACUUUAAGAAAUAACCUGCACCAUUAUUCCAUUUCUUAUUAUAUUAUAGAUUUUCAUCUGUUACUUACCAUCAAUAUGAAGGUAGAUAUCAUCUCCACCCACUAUCCUUUCCCACUUCUAUUUGCUGUACAUAAAGUGUUUGGCAUUUGAUAUAUGUAUUUAUGUUUGUGCACUAUGCCUACAUUUUAGUAUUCUUAUGAAAUUUUUUUUACGAAAACAAAUACCAGAAAUGUUAUGAGAUUCUAUUCAAACUAGUGAUCAUAAUCAGUGCAUUUAACCAUGUAUAUUUUUGCUGUGACAAAAGUUGCAUUUUAGCUUCUGUGCUGAUAUUUUAGAACACUGUACCAAAACAUUGCAAGCUAUCAGAAGCCACAAACCUUUCCUUGAAUACUCUCCCAAUAUUUCUAAAUGGACAAAUGAAUAUAAUUUAAAUUGUGUAAAUAUAUUUCUUUUGCUAUUAUGCACCACAUUUUGGCUCAGUCCUAGACGUAUGUGCGGUCUAUCUGUGCAUUAUAUAUUAUAAAUAGAGAUAAUAUACAUUUUAAUGAGAAGAAACCAGUAAAAAUUAUUGGUAAGUUGAAUGGCUAACAGUCACCACAAUACCAAUCUAUAAACAAUGUCACUCAAUAAUCUAAACAUUUUUGAUAAAUCUUAUACUACAACACCAUUCUGUUACAAAACUUUCUCUCCCGAUCAGAUUGCAGCACUUACAGUGACUCUGGAAAGCAAAGUCCCGAGAUAUUUCUGGCCUCGCCUUGGUGUUUGUGGCUUGAAGUAUGGUCUUGGGAACAAGUGGUAUUUAUGGUAAGUAAUCCUCUGCUAGUUCAUCUGGGUUUGUUAAUCUCGUAAUAGGUUAAGUUGUGAACAUUGUAUUUGUCUUCUAAAAGAAUUUAUUUUUUUAGUUUUCACUGAUCUUCUAUGGAAUAGCAAGCAAGCAUAUGCAGCACAGUUUUACAGGAAACAUCUUCAAAAGUGGACCAAUAUGCAAGAACAUUUCCAUAGAGAUAGACUUGAUUUUAGUAAAUAGUAUCAUAGGACUUGAAGUUAUGUUAGAGCAAUUCUGAGACAAAACUACUUAAUAAGGAGCAAUCAGCAAGAGCAUUCCAUUAUAUCCGCAUUACUAACGCCAUUCUCUUUUAGUGUCGAAGAAACGCACGAUACACACAAAGUAACUGCAGUAUCAUCACACAAAAUUCAAAGUACAGAGAAGAGUUCUGGAAAAGAAAUCCCUAAUAUUCAAAUCUCAGCUGUAAAUUGUCACCAGGAAAAUGAACCCAAUGUAGAAGCACUGGCAGAGAGGAGAUCAAGUAGAGCCUGGCAAAUUGUCCGAGGUGCCACCAUAGGCCAGCUAAAGGGAACUGAUGCACUUCCAAGAGGAACAGAACAGGAAGUCUUCUACAUUUAAUCUAUAAAAUGUCUGUGACUUAAGAGACUAUGGGGAUUUCACUAUAUAGCUUAUAGUUAGGGUUAUUGAUGAUGGUCAUCAUGGGGAGAAAUACAUAUUAAUUAAAAAUAUUAAAAAAAUUUAAAUUAUCCA